UCAGAAUUGCAUGGGCUUUGGCGAUCCUAUUGGUGCUUGGGCGGCUGAAUACACAGGUUGAAGGACAGCUUAGUCUUCCGUGCAUGAGGAUUAAUCUUCGCAUGAUAUCUUGUUAUCUACACGUGAUAACUUGUCACCCUAAUUGUAGAAAAGCUCCAUGUAACGAUCAAUGCACACCUCCCCCAAUGUCGUGUUGUGUACAACUUGCGAGGAUAGGAAAAGGUAUAAACACUAAUGCUGAUGCAAAAAAUCUAUGUGACUGCAUACAAGAAACCGUGAUCGACAGACAAGGCACACCGUUUACUGGUGUCGGCCUCUCAGUUCUUCCCAAUGAAUGCAUGCUUGCAAUGAAACUUCCUCCGGUCAAAGCUGAUACCAACUGUAAAAAGUGGAAGAAAAAGAUGAUAGUACGUGUCUAGCUUUCCAUAUAUAAAUAUAUAAUGAGAAUUGAAGCUAGCAAUGAAAUCGCUAUAUAUGUUUUUAUGUAUAAUCUUGAAACUUUGUCCAUUUAUACUAAAGGUUCACCUAGAAUGCAUCUUUAGCAAGUUUUAAUAAUAAGAAUAACAAAUUACCAUGCGA